CCGGGGCUCCUCAGAGGAGAGGGCAGAAGCAAACAUUGGCCUUGAGUCCGACAGUAAAGCCAGAUUGGAUUUGGGUUUGUCAAAAGCUUGACUCUGUGUGGAAAAGUCUCUUGUUUGCAGUGUUCAACCUCAUACCAGAGACCUGUAAUCCUAUGGCGUAGGAGUCUGUGACUUCUGAGGGACCACAGAUCCCCUGUUCACUCUGGGUCUCUCCGGGAAUAGUCGUACGCUGAUGGUCCUUCUGUGCCGGUGUCUUUCAGCCAGCUGAUGUGCAGAGGUUGUUGGUUUGGGCAGUUGUGGCCCUGCAGCUGGCUGAGCCAUGGGGAACGAGAGCAGCACAACUGAGGCGUCGCCAGAAGAGGGCGAUCCAGAAAGUGUUGUUCUGUUUCCACCUCAGGAAAAUCAAAAUGACUCCCUACUACAGGCUGAAGCUCACGCUGAGAGUUUGACCCGGAGGGACAACAGAGCGCUUCUGACUGAAGCCUCGACCAGCCAGCAGAGUCUGCUGUCCCAACCAGUGCUCCCAGACAUCCCAGUCCUCACCGGAGAGGAGGAGAGUGGAGGUGCGGCUCAAGAUCAGGAGGAGCUUGAGUUUCCUCAUGACCUGCUGCCUAGUCUAGACUUCAGCAGUGAGCUCAACAUCUGGGAGUCCUCGCUGGGAGCUCAGACUAGCUCAGGUACGAGGAAAUGUAAGCAAGUGGACCCCCUGCUGGUGGGCCCGCAUCAUCACACUGAAGUCAGUCGAUCAUCGCUUGUCCUAAAUGAAAGGCCUCAUGACAGCAACCCAGUUCUCACAGAUGCUCAGCCUUCACCUCGGCCCACUGCCACACCUGACACGGGUGUCCGACCCUCGACGCCUUCCCUAUCUGUGCUCCUAGAUCGGGAACUCAAACAGGCCAUCCAGGAAUGUGAAGAACAAAUGGCCUCACUGGGCAUACUUAAUCCCACAGGCUCCCCCAGCAUCACGCCUGGGAAGGUUAAUGAUGUAGGCAAGAAAACUGGAGAAGGGAUGGUUAAUAAAUUCAAUGACUCAUCUUCACUGCCUCCAAUCACAGUCCAGCCGGGACAUAGCAACGGGGGCCAUGGAAACAAGGGUACACAUGGAAACAGUGAAGUAGAAAGCAGUCAGAAAGAUACAGUUGUGUUUAGUUUUAGGAAUUACAUACUGGGUACUGAGAAUAGUGCCGGUGCAGCAGGGACGGAGUGUGAAAAAAAGGCAGAAAAAGAAACAGAGAUAAAUGAGCAGAAGGAAAGACACACACAUACACAAUUAGAAACAACAACAGAUUUAUUUAAGGAAACUCAAGAAGAAGUAGCAUUUUCUGACGUGAGAAACAGUUCCAGAGAGGAACAUGUCGAUUCUAAAGCAGGCAUCGAGGAAAAUGGCACUCUAGAUUGUAAUGCACUAAUUAGGCAGAAAGACACAGAGGCAAUAACAGAGAUUGUAGACAUAAAGAAAGAAAAGCGUGACGAGUCCAGUAUUACCGUUUGUAUAGUUAAAACGGGAAAGAAAGAUCAAUCAGUUGAUGAGACAUCAGAGUGCAGUACUCUUCAUUUAAAGGAUAAAGAUGCAUUGUCAGACAUGACGAGUUCUCCAUGUGCCAAACACGCCGGGCAGGACAAAACGUCAAAGAAGAAAGACAAAAAGAAACAAAGGAGAAAGAAAAAGAUAGAAGAGAAGAACACAGAGACUGGACAAAAGGCAAUGGCAGUAGUACAACCUGAAAAUGAAUUACAGGCUGUGUCUCUCAUAAAUGCAGGAAAUCAUAUAGAUUCAACAGAAAAUGCAGAAUUGGUGUCACUGGCAGCUCUGGCUGUGAUUUGUGGGGAACAGCCUGAUAAUGGGUUUGCCUCAAAGCAACAGCUGAGUCCCGGGGGAAAGCCCGGCCCCAGCCCCCCACUAUCAUCCUCUCAUAGCAGGCAGGAUCAUCUUACUGCCUGUUCACCUGCGUCCAACCAGGCUCUUUCACAGAGGCCUCAUCUGUCAGAUAACCACAACCCUAUAGAUGCCCCACGUCGCAUAAAUCAAAGAUCAGAUGAAAUCCCACAGCCGAAGCAACAUGUAACCGGAGGUGUUACAGAUAACCAACAAACAAGCAUGACACAUGUCCAAACUACAGUUAUCAAUCCAGCUGCCUCUGCUGAUAAGAGAUCAGAUGCACAAACACAUGAGUUAACUAUAGUUACCUCAGAAGCAGUGAUACUCACACAGGAGAAUCCCAGCCCACUCUCCAACAGCUGGACAUGUGUGGGAGAGAGCAGCGUGGAUAGUGCCCUUGAAGAGCCUUUAGUGGUGGUUGCUGCGUUGCCACUGGCAACACCCACGAUGCCAGAACUGAUAGAAAGCAAGGGAGAGGGAGAAAGCACGAGGCGUGAAUCAUUGGAGAGAGUAGCUGCUGUAGCAGUCGCAGAGAGUGAGAAAGCAGUUGGAGAGAAAGAUUUAGGGGGUACAGGAAAGUGCCUCAGCUCUGCAGACAAAGAGAAAGAAGGACUCCUGGACAGCCUUCCUCCGCUUGCAUUAAUCUGUUCACAGGGAAAAUGCUCAAUUGCAUUUUUAGCCAAAAAGGGACAGGCUUCAUCUGAGGAAAGCUGCAGCAGCAAAAUGCCACACAACUCUGCUGAGACAGAAAUGAAGGGACCGGGAGAAACAAGCCUUCGCAGUGCAGACACCGGGGUCUCACCAGCUGAAGAGGGAGACAAAGAAAAGGAGCCACUCCGGUUAGAAGCCUGUAUCAAUACUUCUCCCUUUGGGUUACUCACUAGUCCUGAUUGUCAGGAUUACAGUGCUGUGGGAUUGGAGGAAGCAGGACGAGGGGGAGGAGAAGGGGAGGUGGGAGAGAAAGGACGGCUGGCUGCUGAGCACAGUUCAUUCAGCCAGCCAGAAGGCUCAGCUAGUGGGGUGUCAUCAGCCGCGACAGAGACGCGUCCGCCCACCGAUGUUGCAGAGUCACAGCUGAAGUCACAGAGCUGGACUGAGCCGAUUGCUACCAUCCCUGAGAGCAUCUGCACUGAACAGGACCGUCUAUCUCAACCCUGCCAAGAACAGCAUGGCGCAGCCAUCUCACCUCUCCCCACUAACCGUGAACAGAGCUCCAGCAAGACAAACAAAGGGGUAAGGGCUGAUCUCAAACAGAAUUUAAUUUCAGAAGAAGCAUUGUCUUUGGGACAUAUUUGUGGGGAAUCAUCCCUCCCAGAGACAGAGAGAAAUAACGGUCAAAUCUUGCUGUCUUUAAUCUCACCACAGCUACUGACUACUUCUCAACAAACCUCAGUCGAGCGACAAGCGAGCAACAUUCAACAGGUCCAGCCUAAAAGUAGCACAACAGAAACCAGCACAGCCGUAAGUGCAGACGCAGAGUUUCAAGUCCAGAAACAGAGCAAUAGUGGUGCUAUGUCUGGAGUGGAUGUGUACGUAUGUAACAGAAGCAGAAGCAACAACAGAGUUCACUUUGCGGACACUGUGAAACAAGAAAGCAGUUACUCUGUGGAUCUCAGGAACAUGUCGGUGUCAGCGAUGGACUGCGCCUCUUUGCCUCCGCUGACUGUACAUGAGAGUUUGCACCAUCCUGUGGUUGAGGCCAGCUACAUCUUCCCAGAAUUUCUCAGCUUGAAACAGCCAGAAAUCCCCGCAGAUACAACUCCUGCUAAGGAUGAAUUAGCAAUACGGAGCUCAGCCGACUCCCCGAAGCCACAGAACAAUGUCCAGUUGAAUAAAGGAAAUAUGGGGACAAAAGAUAUCAAGGAGAACAGUAACAUAGAUCAGUCAGGUGACAACAACUUGGAGACUAACACAGUGGAUUUACAGUCAGCGACUGAGGCCUGCUCAAAACAGCUUCCAUGUCCUACUGAGAAGAAUCAGGCUGGUGACGUUAUACAAACGGCAGAAAGUGCAGACUCUGAGGCUGAUCAUCCAACAGUUGAACAGGUGUCAGCAAAGGUGACAAAGCAAAUAGAGGCAGAAACAGAGAAGGAGGGUGUAACCCUGUGUUUGUCAACUGAGAAAGAGAUAGAUAAGUUACAUGAUUCGUCUAAAGCCUUAGUCAAGGCUGGCCAGCCCCAGGAGUCCCCUUUAAUAUCGGAUGCUGCUGAAGGUAACCUACAUCCUCUCUCCUCAUGUUCUGUGCUUCCAGCUGAUGAUGUUACCUGCACGCCUUUAAGUAAUGUCUCCACUGAGUUACCUGUUGGUCAGCUCUCUACGGACCUUGACCCCAGUUCAACAGCCGAAACUGUGAUCUGCACAGACUCUCUUCAGACAAAGCCUUGUCACCCCAGUUCUCAGCCUCCCACCCAAUUAGAUCAAACACCUCCUCGUGAACUGGUUACUACAGAUCCCAUGAAAGCCAGUGAGGGGUCGGAGCCCAUAAUUUGCUCUGCUAUUCUGACAAAGGAUGAAUCUGCGACUUCAGAAGUGACAGCCUCUGACCAGUCAAUUCCUGUUAUCGAGCAGUUUGCCGGUAAUUCUUCUUUUGUGCUGCGGCCUCCUGGUCCAAUGUUGAGUCACUUGGAGUUCAUUGCAGACUGUGAUAUCUCUCUUCCUGUGCAGACCGAUUACGCCAGCGCUGAUUGUGACCGCACCAAAGUCUCUGGAGAGGUGGAUGGCAACAAGAGCAGAGAAAUUACACAAAUGUCUUUAGCACAUGAUCUGGAGUACAGUGAUGUCAACAUCAAAGCAGAUAAGACUUGUCCAAAACUGGAGGAUAGAAAUGACGUUAAGGAGACUGUCGUUGAAUUUGAGUUUUCAGUCCUUAACAAUUUAAAUGUUCCGUUUUCACAAGAGGAAAAUCUGUCUCCUCCUCACCCCCCUGGUGCAGUGGGUGUACUGGUAAAAGGUGGGUCUGAUAAUGUAAUUUCUCUAUCCCACUCUGAGCCACGCCCUGUUGGCAUCAAACCUGUUAUUUGUGAAGCAUCCAUUAAGGAUUAUGAUGGAAUUAAACAAGACAACAUGACAGAGAAAAUGGGAGAUGAGACAUCCACGGUGUUUGCAGAGGAAAAGAAAAAAGUUGAAGAAGCAACAAUGGAUAAUCAAAGGGAAACAGCAGACAGCAGUAAGAUGCAGAAAGGAAAGACAGACACAGCACCACAACAGAGUAAUGGGAGAGAUAAAGAGGCUGGAGAGGAAAUUGGAGACCUGCAGCCACAACAUAAACAUAAAGCGUACAAGACUGAAUCACCAAUAAGUGAUAUAAAGGAGGAAGUAGAAAGGAAGAGUGGCAUUGCAUCUGAAAGACAAAGCAAGACUUCUUUCUCCUCUCAGGACAUGUUUAAUGCUGAGGUAGAUUCUGGUAGUUACCCUCAAACUGUUUAUGACCAGAGUUUGCGCCAAACUCUGACAGCAACACUGGAAAGCAGCUCCGACAAGGACAUAGCACCAGAUUUGAAUGCAGGUCUUGGCCAGUCACAGUCCACACCAGAGCCCAACUAUUUUGCUCAGCAACAGGAGCAACAGCAGCGGUGUCUGUACUACCUACAGUGUCUGGGAUCCAGACAUCCCACACAGGAAUUGUCAGAUGGCUGUCUAGAGGGGGGAGAAAAGACCAACAGUCAGGUCAGGCAGACCCAAGCACUGGUUCCAAGUGUGAAAGGGGUAGCAGAGGGCACAGACGGCUCUGUGGGGAGUGAUGAGUUGACAGGGGAUGACAGCAGUGGCAACGUACGAGUGAUCGGUGAUGGAGAGGGAAAACAAGCAGGGCGGUUUCACCUUGCCAGUGAUUUAAAUAAGAGUAGAAGGGUUGCUGAGAGAAAUGCCCUGGCUGAAAUAGGGAGUGUAACAACUGGCUGUUAUGUAGAUGAGACAAGACAGUGGUUGGAUGAGAAUAAAAGCCCUGCCUUAGGGGUAGUUGGGUCAAUUACAGACACUGAAUUUGUGAAUGAUCCGGUUGGUAAAAGCCAUGAAAAAGGCAAUCUAUCAGCCGCCUGUCAAGACCAACAUGGAAAUCCUGAGACCUUGAAGAACACUGCUGUAUCUUUUGAGUUUGCAUCACAGGAACAUGAGACUUCACCUUCCCAGAUCUCUGUUUCCUCAAAGGUCAGCAGAGAUAGUCAUGCCAAUCAUUUGGCAGUUACUCCAAGUACAAACCAGGCUGAAGAAAUUCACACAAAGAUAUUCAGUACUCUGGUUGGGCAACCCGAAACUGUGGAAAAUGAUUUCAGUGCUGCCACGGCUGUGAAAAGCAACAGUAGUCAAACUGAGGAGUGUGAAAUUCAGGAUACAGUGUGCAGGCCUCUCAAGCUACAAAGCUUCAAUAAAACCUCAACCACACAAAGCAGCCCGGUAGUACAAACACCCAUAAAAGGCCCUGAUGUAGAGGAGAUCACAAAGGCAGAUAAAGCACCUUUGGAAGAAGGGGAAGCUAGCAGCCAGGGGAAAGGACAAAGUGAGAUAAAAGCAUUAAACAAUAAAGCAAUGACUAAACAGAAGGUCAUAAAUCCAACUGGUCUUUCUAAGGCAACAGAAAAUGACAAUGAUAUAAAAGAUAAAACCAGUCCUAUUACCACAGGCCCAUCUGUUGUUUUGUCAAAGUGCCCGGAUGAUUGUGCAUCAACUCCACCUGCAGCCCCUAGCCAGUCAGAGAAGCCACAUGAUCAGGUGUCUUUGUCAAAGUCCCGAGACGAUACCGCGGUUAACCUCAUUGUUGCCGAUUCCCACCGAGAAGGAAUAUCACCUGAAAAAGCUUCUGUUGAACAAGUGAUUGUGAACACGGAGGCUGCCGAUGUGUCAGAGAGUCCGGCUCCUGGACUUCCAGCUCAAGAACCAGAUACAAACUGGAUACAAGCUCUAAAAGAAGCUGCAUCCCAAUCUCAGAGUAAACAAGAGACAUCAAGACCCCUCCCAUCUCUGGAGUCUCCCCAACUAGAAUUUCUUACUCCGACUGAGGAGAUAGCUGCUCCUCUGAGACUGGAGGAGAUCGCACCACCGGAGCGAGCAGCAGCGAAGAAAACAGAGAUCCCACCUCUGAAUCUUGUGAAGAAGCCAGUGGAUCUUCCUGAACCUUUGAAAAAGAUAAUAGAGCUCCCAGAACAAACACAGCAGACAGUAGAGUUCCCAGAAGAAACAAAGAAAGUAGAGCGUUUAGAACCAACCAAGAAAGAAGAAGAGCUGCCAGAAGAGCUCUCAGAACCAAAAAGGGAGCCAGUGACUUUCUCAGAAAUAGAGAAGGAGCUAACUAAGCUACAGGAACCAACGAAAAGCACAAAAGAGCUCCCUGAACCAACAAAAUAUGAAGUGGAGUUGCCAGAACCAACGGAGAAUAAAGAACCAGAACCAUCAAAGACAACAACAGAAGAACCGGAGAAGGAGCUGAUUUGUGAGCUUCCAGAGGAGCAAGUGGAAAAACCAGUGGAGAUCCCAGCUGAGGAAACUGCAGUGACACAAACAGUCCAGAGCCCUGCUGAGGAGCUACAGGACAGCGGGUCCUCCCUCACUGAGCAGGCAGAAAGAGGUGACCGUGCCCCUGCCUCAUCCCCACCUCCAACCUCUGAAUACCACUUCCUGCCUGCCCUCCCUCCUCACCUCCAAGACACCACCGAAUUUCCCAGUCCUUCUCCCACACCACCUGAGAGGCACACUACUGAAGCUCUACCAACCCCACCUGCAUCUCCCAUCUUUCCUCCCCCUCCUCCUCCAGCCCCUGCCUCCCCUCCUGUACCUCCUGCUUACCAGGGUGAGGACCACUGCCCUGCUUCUGCACCCUGCCACCCUCCUUUAAGGAGUUCAGACUCUGAUGGAGGUUUUGAGACCCCUGAAUCCACAACUCCAGUGAAGACAUUUUCUCCCAUAAAUCCCCCAACCCAGCAACUAACGUCCGAUGAAAAAGUAGCAGACACCUCUGUCAGUGAUCCUGCCUCUGAAUUGACUUCAGCUGAGGCACCAUGCCGUUCCCCGUCCAUUGUUUUUGAUGAGAACAAGCCCAUUGCAGCCAGUGGCCAAUACAACAUCGAGGUUGUUGGAGAUUCAACAAGUCACACUCUGACCCGUUCACUCAGCUUCCAGGGAGGAGAACUAGACAGUGCUGGUUUGUUUGACGGAUCAACAGUGGGGGGCUUCCGUCCACAUUCGGAAUCCUUCAGCGUAGGGACCGGGAGUGCCCCAGGGACGCUCCAUAGGCCCAAGAAAGUCCGUCCUGGGUCUGUGAAGAAGAAGCCUCUUCUCAGACAGAGCUCUAACCCAGACAGUCCAAAGCCAGCCUCAUCCAGCAGCACCCCAGAGAUCAAGAAGCGGGCAAAGCCUCAAUCUGCCAGCCCUCUCCAGCCUCAGGAGGAAGCAGAGGGGGGAUCUGCAACCCCAAGCCCUGGAGGAACCCUCCGCAGGUCCAGGAAGAGCCGUGUAGAGACUCCUCCUCCUCUGCCAGAAGAGACCAAUCAUACGAGCCAAGACGAGAGCCCUGUCAUCCCUGCCUUACCUUUGUGCCAGGAAGAGACCCCUCUUCCUGGUAGUCCAAAGGGCUUAGACGAAUCCCCCAUUCCCCCUAGUACCUCCUACAAAUGGGAUCCAGAUAAUUUUGAGAACAUCAACCCUUUCAAGACAGGAGGUAGCAAAAUUGCCAAUUCACCUGUUCUGGGUCGUAAAGGUCCUGUGUGUGCCCCCAUUGUCACUCCUCCAGAGAGUCCCUCUGUCUCUGCUGUGGAGCCUUGCACCCCAGCUCCUCUUGAAGAGCCAAUCACCAACCCUGAAGAGCAACCCAUCAUCCCCAAGUGUCAGUCAGUAAGGCUGGAGUUUGACUACUCUGAAGAGGGCAGUGAGGCAUCACACCAGGCCUCUCCCCCUACCAAGAAAGUGGGCAAGAAGCCCGGUAAGAUGCCUCUGAGGAAACCCAGGCUGGGGCUGAAGAAGGCCCCUCCAGUGCAGACGGAGCAGCUGGACAACUAUCCUUCAGCAACCCACAAUGGCAACGAGGAGGAAGUCCCCGCUACUGCAGUCUCUUACAAGUUUGAACCUGACAAGUGGGAUGAUCCGAACUUCAAUCCAUUUACAUCUAAGAAAAGCAUCUCCAACUCCCCCAAACUAUCCAGGCCGUCUUAUUCCUUUGACACCAAUAACUUUGAUGACAGUGUAGACCCUUUCAAAUCCUCCAAUAAGAUGGCCAACUCCCCUCCUAAGGCCUCUGCCUCCUUUGAACUGUCCUCCAAUGACUAUGACAAUGAAAAUGACACUGACAACAUUGGAGAACUAGAGGACCAAAAUCAGAACAAACCUUCCAAGAAAAAGAAAACUCCUAUCAAAUCGAAGUCCAGGGGUGUGUCUUCUCUAUGUUGUUUGUUUAAUACUUUCAGAGUGAAGAGGUCGCCAAAGAAAUCUCCAACGUCUGACCCCUCCCAGGAUCUUACGCCGGCAGAUGAAGCUCCCUCUCUUCACCCACAGGACGACCACGCCACAGACGAGGAGAAGCUGGCCUCCUCCACCAGUCACAAGUGGGCAGCCCUGCCUGACAUGGAUGCAGAUUUAAACUGUGACCAGCAAGACUUCCCUCAGCCAUGCGACCUCACUUCCUUUGUUAACGAGAACAGUCUCCCUCAUCCAGUGCAAGACUAUGAAAUUGAGUACAUGGAGAAGAUUGGCUCCGCUUCGCCUCCACUGUCUGUCAAGAAGCCAUCUUUGUAUUUGAAGUUGGACUCAGUAUCUGACAAUUUAACCAAGAAUACGUGUGAUCAUGGAUCUGAGCCCAGCUCCCCCUGCACAGGGAGCUUUGAGGAGAUGGAGGCCCAGAUAACAGCAGGUAUAAAGACACCUGUGCUGAGCUCUCGGUCGGGUCCUGAGGGCUCUGCUGGGGACAAGGGCAGGAAGAGAGAAAGCGAGGCACUCAGCCGAACACAGAGCGCAGAGAGGGAUGAGCAGCCCCCUAGCCAGGGCCCCGUGGAGGCCCCUGCUCCAGUCCUGGCAAUGCCCCCGUUAGACAGGCUGUCUGAGUGUGACGACCUCCUGCAGUACCUGGAGCCUGACCUGGCUGAGACCAACCCCACCGCAUUCGCCCAAAAACUACAGGAGGAGCUGGUGCUUGCUGCCCUGAGGAUAGAGGCUCUGCAGGUAGCCAAAAACAUCUCUCAGUGCCCCUCCCUCUCCACUGUAAACCCCCAGUCUCGGCUCAAGAAACCCAGCUCUCGGCGUUGGAAUAUCAACGGGUCACCCUUACUCAAACACAGAGACGUGUCAUCUCCAGUAGAAAGUGGCGUGUCCAUGAACUCAUUGUACACCAGGACCACCACCAGCUACAUCGAAGGGGAGAGUCCCCACCUGCCCAGAGACCUGGACCACUCGCUGGGCAUUGCACGAGAGGAGAUUGUGACCAAGGAGAAAGAAGUGAUGGAGUGGCAGAGGAAGUAUGAAGACAGCAGACAGGAAGUGGUGGAGAUGAGGAGGAUUGUUGCGGAGUAUGAGAAGACCAUUGCACAGAUGAUAGGCAUGCCAGAGGAUGACCAGAAAGAGAAGUCUCUCUCCCACCACACCAUCCAGCAGCUGAUCAUGGAGAAGGAUCAGGCCUUGUCCGACCUCAACUCCGUUGAAAAGUCUCUGGCUGACCUCUUCCGACGUUACGAGAAAAUGAAAGAUGUCCUGGAGGGCUUCCGCAAGAAUGAAGAAGUUCUAAAGAAAUGCGCCCAGGAGUAUUUGUCAAGGGUCCGCAAAGAGGAACAGCGCUAUCAAGCGCUGAAGAUUCAUGCAGAGGAGAAACUUGACAGGGCCAAUGCAGACAUAGCUCAUGUGCGUGCCAAGGCCAUGCAGGAGCAGGCCGCCCACCAGGCCAGUUUGAGGAAGGAGCAGAUGAAGGUGGACUCUCUGGAGCGCACUUUGGAGCAAAAGAACAAAGAGAUCGAGGAGCUGACAAAGAUCUGUGAUGAGCUGAUCGCCAAGAUGGGACGGAGUUAGCGAACACACCAAAUCUCACAGAGAAAAGGAGCGGCUGUGGAAAAAGAAAACUACUUAAAAUAAAAUAUAGCAGAUCGGUAAUAUCCACCAUCUCUUCCAAAGACUGAUGGACAUUUAAGGCCAAAAUGGUCUUUGGGUUAAAUUGCCUACUGACUUUGUGUAUACAGGAUCCACAGGAAUGGCUUUUUCUCCUUAUCACUCAUUUUUUUGUGUAUCAGUGUAUUGUACUGUAUCGGGGGUCUGUUUUAAAGUUUUAGAAAAUGUAUCAUAUCACUAAUGAGUGCUUCUGUGUGUGUGAGUGUGUGAGUGUGUGUAUGAUAACGAGAAAGCUCGAGCAGUGUUUGUGGGUUAAAUGGUCUAAAAUGAUGUUGCCAUGACAGCCACUGAGGGAGAGGACAGUGAACCCGUUCCUGUUGUUUCCUCUUGAUACGAGAACAAGAUAGACUUUGACAAAGAGUAACAGAGAUUUAGAUACAUUCAUAAAAUGUUAAUACACCACUAAGAACACAAAAUAUCACAAUAAUAAGUGCAUGUUGGGAAAUAAAGGAGAAGUGGUACUGUUAUAUGUUUGUAUAUACUGUAGGAAAUUCCAAGUAUGUAAAAGAUUCCUCUGCAUUUUUGAUAGUUAUCCUGUCAUCCUCGGCUCGCUCCCCUCAUGUAACCUUGUAGAUAUUUGUCAUACUUGUCAUAGCUUUCUCGAGGAAAUUGUGCAACUAUUUUUUGGGAUUUUAUUUUGAUAUAAAGCAAACUAAUUGUGACCUUAUUCAGUUGUGACCAGGAGUGAUUUAAUUGUGGAUGGAUAUGUCUUGCUGUGGUCGUUGUGUCACACUGAGGAAUAAAUUCUCUGCACAGCUGCUGUACAGCAUCUGCUUCCAAAGUGCAAUAAAAGAUGGCAAUACAGCA